ACUUAUUAUUGUAUUAUUUAUUUUGAAAUUAUAUUUUUAAUCAGUAUCCCACGCAUCGCGUGAGUUCUCUCUAGUAUACACAAAAGCAAUACAUUCAUCAACAAAGAAACAAAGCAUAGUAUACCUUUUUGUUUACAAAACUACAAUUCAACUAAUUUCACUUCAAAUCUAAAAAGUGAUUUAGUUAAAGUGAAAGAAGCGGCUGUGUAUAUUAGUUCAAUAAUUUUUUAAUUCCAUUAUUAAAUAAUUUUAGAAAGUUUCGUUAACAUUUAUGCAAGUCUGGUUAAGCUUAAACAAAUUUACUACAUUUUGCUAUUCUUUUUUUUUUAAGGCCGUAGGCCAAAGUUUCUUUUUUUUAAGCCAUAGCCACGGACUCACCGGAUUAAUAAGAGAAUCCAAACCCCGUUAGACCGGAUCGCAGAUUUUCCUAAAAAGACUAACUCAUAACUAUCAUUCAUUAUGUCGUCCAAAUCCUUAACUUUCUGUAGUCGUGUGGUUUAUGUUUGAAUUUGAGCAUCAUGUAAAAUCAGUAAAUGUUUUGAUCGUUUAUUGAGCUUGCAUGAACAUCUCAAACCAAAAUGCAUAGAACGACGAAAUGUCAACACUGUCAACUUCACGAUGAGUAUUGACAAGGCAAUACAACGUGCGAAAAAUGAUAUCAAUAAUCCAUAGUCGAUCUCGUUUACCCUAUACAUAGCGCGCAUUCCAACAACGAAGAAUGGUGUGACCCUAGUUUUAACUAUCCCCUCCCAAACAAAUCCAAAAGUCGAAGAUGCCUCAAAAGCUUCUUGGCUCAUAAUGAUUUGGACACCAACUCUAGCAAAAACAACAACCCAUUCAAGAGAAAAUAAUUCAUGCCCCAAACAAAUUCAUCACUCAUGGCAACAACACUAGUUUGUUUAUUGUUAUGUUAAAAAUAUUUAGUAAAAUAACAUGUUUAGUCUAGUGGUUUGCAAUCUUAAUGAUAUUUUGAAUUCAAACUCGGAAUGUUAUAUAUUACAAGUUAAAUUGUCAGAUUUUAAAAUGGAUUGUACAAUUAUAUCGUUUGUCCGGUUGGCUUUAACAUGGGAGGCCAUGGUUUGGUUACAAAAUCAUAAGAUAUUAUUAUUCAUGAAAGAAAGUGAUUGUAUCCGUUCUUUUUUAUUUAAAUAAAUGUUUCGUUGACUUCUCAUUUUUAGGUAAUUAAAUACAAAGAUCCAAAUCCCAUUAAUUUCAGAAUUUUAAAAAAUCAUUCCAAAGACUAUCCUCUUUGGUGAAAGAAAAACUGAAAUAAAUUUGCUCAUCUGUCACCAUCAAUGGUCCAACCUGUAAUUCUCUUAAUCAUCACUCUGGUCUCUUAAAUUUCAAAAAACUUUAAUCUCAAAUCUUUAUUUCUCUUCUUUCAAUUUCAAGAUAAACCAAAACUCUCAGAAAACAGAGCAUGCAUUUAUAAUCUUGAUUUUUUUUUUCUCAAAAAACAUGAACAAGAAUUUGAUCUCUUCUUCACCACCACCACCACCAUUGAUACCUCUCAAAUCAAACACAAGCUUCGAUUUAAACAACAAAAUCACACCAAAUAUUCUUCUAAUAAUCAUAAUCCUCUCGAUCAUCUUCUUCAUCUCUGGUCUUCUCCAUAUCCUUGUCAAAUUCCUCCUCACACCAUCAACACAAAACAGAGAAGAUUACUUCGACAAUGUUACAGCUCUUCAAGGCCAGCUUCAACAACUCUUUAACCUCCAUGAUUCUGGCGUCGACCAAUCCUUAAUCGACACGUUACCUGUAUUUCAUUACAAAUCUAUCAUUGGUCUCAAAAUCUCUCCUUUUGAUUGUCCUGUUUGUCUCUGUGAGUUCGAAACAGAGGACAAACUUAGACUCUUGCCUAAAUGCAGCCAUGCCUUUCACGUUGAGUGUAUCGAUACGUGGCUUCUCUCUCACUCUACUUGUCCCUUGUGUAGAUCUAACCUCCUCUCUGGUUUCUCGUCUCACCACAAUCUAAGCUCCUCGUAUCUACUUGUUCUUGAGAGUGAACAAAGCUCGAGAGAUAUGGUUCCUGUUCUUGAGUCUAAUUCCCAACUGUGUAUUGAUGAUGGGAACAAUGAUUUUGAGUCGACCCGGAUUAGGUCGGGUCGUAAAUCAUGUGACCCGGAUGGUGAAUUGGAUGGUUUAGAUGGAAAGGUUUUUCCUUUAGAAGUUAAGUUAGGGAAAUUUAGGAACAUAGAUCAUGUCAAUGAAGGAAGUGACAACGACAACAAAAAUAGCAUAAGUGGUAAUAGCAUUAAUGUAGAUGGAAGGAGGUGUUUGUCAAUGGGAUCAUAUGAGUAUAUUAUGGACCAAGAAGCUACACUUAAGGUUCACAUUUCGACCAAGAAACUACCAGGCAACAGGGCCGUUGUGUCCGAAUGCGGUUUGGAUCCAACAGUUAAGGGAAUCGAGAAGAGUGUUGUGGAAAGAGAGAGCUUUUCUUUGUCGAAAACUUGGCUAAGGGGUAAAAAGGAGAAGCAAAAGGGUUCUAGUGCUAGAGAUCAGGAUUGUUCUUCGGUGUCUUCCUCCUCACUCCGAUUUCCAAACCAUCGGAUAUCUCGCGAGAUCAAUGAAGAGAGUCAAAAGAGCGAAAAUUCGGAGUCUUUGGAGACGAAAACGCCAUCUUUUGCUAGGAGGACCAUGCUUUGGCUUGCAGGGAGACAAAACAAGGUUGUUCAGCCUUCUACAUCCAAUGUUUAGGUUUUUAUUUCUUUUGCUAAUUAAAUUUUUAUUCUUUAUCUACAAUUGUGUUUGUAAAUUUUGUGUGUUUUCAUUAGAGAGAAAGUAGAUGAAUAGUGGGAGAUCAAUUAAGAUAUGUAGGGUUCUUACUUCUUA